AGAGUGGUCCUUUGUUGGCGUGUUGAACCGGGUCCACUGUUGCUGUUUAAGGAGAGGGUUUCAUUACUGUCCUCUCCAAUGAGACUGAUCCACGUGUCCUCUUCACAUCAUCGUCGUGUCCCUCGCCAACUAUAUAAACCCUUCCGCUUCCUCCCCAUCACCAUGCGCACCGGAUGCAUCGCAUGCUUGCUCCUCCCCCAACAUUUUCCCCAAUUCGAUCGCGAUCGAGGAGGAGAUUGAAGGUUCCAGAAGAAGAGGAGGAGGAGGGGGAGGAAGGGGAGGAGGGGAGGGGCGAAGGAGACGAUGAUCUCGGGGUCGGAUCUCUACCGCGUGGUCUCGGCCAUGGCGCCGCUCUACACGGCCAUGGGCCUCGGCUACGCCUCCGUGCGGUGGUGGCGCGUCCUCUCGGCGGACCACUGCGCCGGGAUCGGCCGCUUCGUCGCCGUCCUCGCCGUCCCCCUCCUCGUCUUCCGCAUCGUCGCCGGCAACAACCCCUACGCCAUGAACCCCCGCCUCCUCCUCGCCGACUCCCUCGAAAAGCUCCUCCUCCUCGCCGCCCUCCUCCUCUGGGCCCUUCUCCGCCGCCGAUCCUCGUCGUCGUCGUCGUCGUCGUCGUCGUCGUCCCCGCCACUGCUCGCGUGGGCGGUCACGGUGUUCUCCCUCGCUACCCUACCCAACACCGCCAUUAUCGGAAUCCCCUUGCUAAACGGGAUGUACGGUCCCGACGCGGGGGUAUUGGUAGCUCAGAUCAUCUUCCCCCAAUUGAUCGUGUGGUACAAUCUCAUCAUUUUCGUCUACGAACUCAUCGCCGCACGCCGCACAGCCGCCGCCCCCCGAUCCGAAAACCCUAAUACUAGCAUUGGAGGGGGAGGGGGAGAUACGGCCGAUUUUGAUAUUACGGUUUUGGUAUCGGAGGGGGGAGAUAUGGUUUUGUCGAAGAUGACAAAGGAGGAGGAGAAUGCAGGGGCCGGAGACGGGGGUGGAAAGAAUGCGGCCGCGGUGGCGGCGGAGGAGGAGGAGACGAGGAGGAGGGAGACGGAGGUGGUGCCGGUGCGGAAGGUAAUGGCGGUGGCGGUCAGGAAGCUUGCGAAGGUGCCGAGCACUUACGCCAGUUUUCUCGGCCUUCUCUGGUCGCUCAUCGCUUUCAGGUAUGGAAUACAGAUGCCUACGAUUAUAGAUGGCUCGUUAUCGAUAAUCUCUUCUACAGCAGUUGGCUUAAGCAUGUUUAGUGUUGGAACAUUUAUGGCUCGACAACCACGGUUUAUUUCCUGUGGUUAUCGUAUGGCGAUAAUUGCCACAGUGAUCAAAUUCCUUGUAGGCCCUCUUAUAAUGGCCGGAGCUUCACUUGCUGUGGGAUUGCGCGGCACGCUUCUGCGUGUGGCUAUCGUACAGGCUGCUCUUCCUCUUGCUGUUCUUUCAUUUGUUUACGCAGAGGAGUACAAAUUGCACCCAGACAUCAUGAGCACAGCGGUUAUCACAGGAAACUUUGUGUCUCUUCCGGUCACUAUUCUUUACUAUAUAUUGCUUGGUCUCUGCUGUACAAAACACAGUUAGCAUAAAUUAUUUUUUCGGGUAAAUAUGUAUGAAGAUCCCCUCCAAUAAAAGGCCAUUUUGAAAUAAACCUGGGGUGUUUCAAAUAUAUUUUUAGAGAAAUAUUAUUUGUACACUCUAUAAUUAGAUGUACAUCUUACACUCUUUCAU